AUGGGGUAUGGUGGAGAAUCGAUUCUGAUGGCGGAGAAUCCUCAAUCUGUCCCUAGUCCUUCCAGGCAGUCCAGCAUCCGAGCAUGUGCCAUGUGUGUCAAGGCAAAGGCCAAGUGUACCCCUCACCCAGCGAUCGAGGGAGUUUGCCAGCGGUGUCAUCGUCUGAAAAAGCAAUGCUUCUUACACGAACGGCCAAGCCGUAAGCGUACACGGACGUCGAAGCCAACACGCGUUGCCCAAUUAGAACAGAAGCUAGACCGUCUAGUUACUUUACUAACAUCCAAUCAAUCUGUCUCACAAACGACGCCAUUGAGUCAGGCGUCUGGUGUUCCUUUACCAAGAUCACCAAUGUCUCUGGAUUCCAAUGCAUCGACAGUUGGACUUUCCAUUGCAACGCCUCAGUCAAUCAAUUUGGACGCAGAAACAACCGCCGUGAAAAUCCUCGGUGGCGCUAUCGCCCCCGCUGACCUUGUGUGUACUACGACCGCUGGAAACUUGUCAAUUGCGAGUCAAGGCAUGUCACAGCUUGACCCCGAUGAGCAAGAAGCACAAGAUUUGCUACUCGAAUUCAAGAAAACUAUGACAGAGCAGUUUCCUUUCGUUGUGGUAGACCCGUAUAUUACCUCGCAAAGUCUUCAUCAAGAGAGACCGUUGCUUUGGAAAGCUAUCAUCAUUGCGGCGUCGCAUGAGAACUCGUAUCGCCAAAUGGUACUCGGGGCUGAUCUGAUGGAGGAUCUCACUAAGCGCUUGCUGUUGAGAGCCGAAGUGUCUCUCGACCUGCUUCAAGCGCUACUGGUUUUCAUUGCAUGGUACCACUAUCACACUCUCGUCAACCCACAAAUCACCAAUCUGCUUCACUUGACUAAGGCCCUGAUCAACAAUAUGGGCUUGAAUCGCACACAGACAACCUACGAUCGUGGCAAAUUCUUCCUGGACGGGCACGAAUCCUUUAAACCCAUAACUCAGUCAUCCCAUGGAUUAGAGUCUAGCAGGUCUGACGGCUGGCGAGCCCUUGCUGGCUGUUUCUAUCUGACAUCUGUGAUAUCUGCCAGCUGCCGGGGUUUGGAGCCACAAUUCAACACACCCUACAUAUUAGAAUGCUGUCACAAGCUCGAAGAGGCUGGAGAGUAUCAAAGUGACGUUGUACUAGUGCAGCUUGUGCGCCUUCAAGAGAUCUGGUAUCGCAUGAGUCGUAGCUUUCCAUAUGACGAAUCCCUUGCUUCUCGAAGACCAGACGCUCCUGUAGAGAUGUUUGUGAGAGCGUGGCAAAAGGAGCUGGAGACAUUCUGGGCUUCACUGCCCGUUGAGUCUCAACAAAAUAAGCUUCUACUCGCAACAUAUCACACUACCCAAAUCGCUCUUUACGAGAUUGACUUCCCCAUGUGCCUACCCCGAGUCGGUGUUCAAGUCUUCGAUAGGACGGGAAGACUCGAAUUUAUCUACGCCAGUCUCCUGGCGACGAAGAAAGUCUUUGGCGUCUAUUCAUCAAUCCUUGUCGGAAGACUAUCCGGCAUCUGCUUUACACUGUGGGCUCAAUUUAACUAUGCACUCCUAAAUGCCGUCAAACUUCUUACCACUGAGGCCGAUGGUUGGGAUUUGCAGCAUGCGCGAAAUGUUCUCACAUUCCCUGAUAUCCUGCACAGCCAAGUCACGUCGAUCGAAGAGACAAUUUCCAGACGCGGUCUGGUCUUAGAAAACGCUAUGUAUGGGAAAGAUGUGUUUAUCCGCUUCCUUAGGAAAGUACAUCACGCGUUACGAUGGUACGAAUCAUCACGCGUUUCGAGGAUUGAGUAUGAAGGGAUGGAUGACAAGCCCACCAACCCUAAUGGGUCCCUCGAAGCGACUGACACAGGAGAGUCGCUCCCGGUCUUCGACGAUGCUUUCUGGCAAACGCUUUUUGAUGACAACUGGAUGCUCGUAGGGGAUGGAACCAGCACAUGA